AUGUUGCCACACCCCACCGUCCACCAGGAGCCUGUCACCGCCCUCACCAUCUCUGCCCUGUUCACCCUUGGCCUUGCGGGCACCGGUACGUGCAUCACCACCAUGACCUCACAGCACUCUGGUUUAGCUACACUUCGUGUCGCCGUGGAUACUGAUUUAGAGCACCUUGAAAAAUCCAUCUCUCACCUCGAGGAUUCGCUAACUCAGAGAAUUUAAACUGAGGAUAAACUCUAUGAAAGUUCUGAAUGUGAUAGAGUUUUUAUCCAGAAAAAAAACUUAUUGUACAGACAAAAAAAGCAAAAAGAAACAAAACCUUAGAAAUGCUGUCAAAAGUGUGCAAAAGCUGUCAGUCAUACCAAUCUCGAUGUUCACAAGAGAAGUCAAAUGGGCUAGAAGCCCUAUGAAUGCUGCAAAUGUAGAGAAACUUUUAUCCUAAAGUCAAAAAUAAAACAUCAGUAAACUCAUAAAAGGGAUAAAACACUUUUAUAUGAUAAAUGUGCUAAAACCUUCAAGAGUUCCUACUACCUUAUUACACAUGAAAAAACACAUUUAAAAAAAGCAUUUUAUAGAAGCAUCAUAUGUGAUUAUGCAUCACAUUGCAGUAAACAAAUAAAAGCCUUUGAUGAGAAGCCAAUCUCUACUAAAGACCAGAGAUAUUCCUCAAAAGAUAAACCUUUUGGAAACAAAUGUGGAAAAUGUUUCAAGGGAAAGGCUCACCCUUCUGUUUGUCAGAGAAUUCACACAAUAAAGAAACCAUAUGAGUGGAGUAUAUGUGGAAAGACUUUCAGUGAGAAAUUAUGCCUUUAUGUCAUCAUAAAACUUAUACUGGAGUGAAACUAUGAAUGCAGAAUAUGUGGAAAAGCCUGCCAUGAAAAUUCUCCAUUGAUAAAACAUCAGAACAUCCAUACAUGCCUCUACCAAUGCAGUGACUGUGUGAAAGAAUUCAUUAGGAAGUCAACUCUCAUCUAACAUCAAAGAAUUUAUACAGGAGAAAAAUCAUAUAAAUGUAGUAACUGUUGGAAAGCCUUUAGUAUGAAACUAGCUCUCAUUGUACACCUCAGAACUCAUAUAGAAGAACCCUAUGAAUGCCGGAAUGGUGUCAGAGCCCUCAUUGGGAAAUUAACUCUACACACUAAAGAAAUCCUAUAG